AUGUGGUUUGUGUUAGUUUUGGCUAUGUUGGUGGGGGUAGAGGCAGUGUGUGGAAAAGAUACCUCAGGGUGCAAAGUGGUGGAACCGAGCAGCGAAGCAAAACACAUCGGGUUGGGAGAUACUGAACUGGUGCUCGCGUUUGUGAUGUUCCGUCAUGGUGAUCGGACACCGGAUGACGAAGAGUUGAACUUGUAUCCAUCCGAGCAUCAUAUUCCUCCGAAUAUAUUUUUCCCUUACGGGAAAAAGGCCCUCACUAACAAAGGUAAACAACGCGCCUACUUGACAGGUAAAUAUCUGAGACAGCUUUAUGAUGGUUUAGUCUGUCGUUUGUAUUUACCGGAUCAAGUUAAGAUACGGACUACAGAAUAUGCCAGGACACAGAUGACGGCUCUUGCUGCGCUUUCUGGCUUGUACCCGCCAGAACCAGCACAAAAAUGGAACCCAACUUUAGACUGGCAGCCGAUCCCAUAUAGCACAACGCCUUUUGCCGAGGAUGAUCUGAUGUACUGGUAUAACUGUCCAAGAUAUUUGUCACUGAAAGACCAAAUGUAUGGGAAACCCGAAAUAAAAAAAUGGUUGGAUCCUUACGAGGGAUUGUUCAAAUACAUGACUGAACAUGCUGGUACGAACAUUACGACACCCGAGGACGUGUUCAACCUGGACAAUUUGUUUCAAACAUUGUCUAAUGUCGGACUUGAUCCACCGAAGUGGGCUCAAGAUGUUAUGCCCAAAAUAAAAGACAUGACGAAAAUCGAAUACGCUGUUCAAUAUUAUAACUCCGAAUUAAUAAAACUUGCGUCAGGAGUGCUAAUGCAAUUUAUAUUGAACGCGACUGAUAGUGUCGUCGAAAAUCCAGAGAAACGUAUAGAGCCCAAACUCUAUUUGAUUUCUGCUCAUGAAAACAACGUUGCCGGAUUGAUGGCGGCUGCUAGGGUGUUUGAGGCUCAUCAGCCUAAAUAUGGAUCAACUUUCUCUUUAGAACUUAGAAAAAAUCUUAAGACUCGUAGAUAUGGAAUUACGGCUAUUUAUGCGAGAGACGCUGGUGGGCCUGGCACGCUUCUUCCUAUCAAUGGCUGUGGAGGUCAGCCGGUCUGUGAUUACGAACAGUUCGUAACUUUAAUGCAAGAUGUAAUUUGGUCUAAAGAAGAGUUCUACAAAGCUUGCAAAACACCAUUAUAG